AUGUUGAACAUGAACCAAUUGAGCCAGACGUCGCUGGUGCCACACCCACAAGUCCAUUACGCCGACUGCCGCCCAUUGCCGGCAAUCAACGAGACAUUUGCGCAAUUUAGUCAGCAUAGCAGGUCGGCUAUAUCGCUAUCGCUGCUCUCCCCAUUGGAUCUGUCGCUGCGCGCUGCGACGAAUAUGGUGCCAAUUACGCCGCCAUCGACGCCCUCGCCGCCUCGCAAGCGUCAAAGAUUAAUGUCCGAGGAGAAUUACCUGUGGCGGCCACAUGCGGCGCUCGUGAUGCAGCCACCAGCAACAGCAACAGCAACAGCAACAGCGACAGCAGCGGCAGCAGCAGCAGCAGCUGCCACAAGCUACUUCCAUCAUCAGCAACAGCAUCAACUGGGUGGCUAUGGCUUUGAGGGUGCGGCGUAUGAUAAAAGUAAUUUUCACGGCAAAAGUAACUUUGCGCAAAUUCCGGCAAGUCAAUCGAGCGUGACUAGGACGGCAGCCAGCAGCAGCAGCAGCUGCCAGGAGGAUGAGACAAUUGUGUUGACCGAGGACGAGGACGAAACAGUUGUCAGUUCCCAUGACUACAAUGACUAUGCCACGGACACCGAGGCCGAUGCUGAUGGCGACGGCGAUGGCGAUGCCGAAGCCGAUGAGGAGGAUACAAUACAAGUUCACGACGUUGAUGACACAGAGGAGCAGCAGCAUGAGGAAGACGACGAUGAGGAGGUAUUUGUGGACAUACUGGGCGAUGAUGAUGAUGAUGAUGAUAAUGCGGAGUUGAUGCCGCAACAGCGCAAGCAGGCGCUCAAAAGGAAUGAACUGAUCUAUGAGGAUGAGGAGCUGCACAAUCAGGCCAUCAACGGUCUGGACAAACUCUUCAGGCGGGACUUUGCCCAAUCGGCCAAGGAGUGUCUCGAGCUGGAGGCAGAGGCCGCAGCCGCUGCCAUUGAAGAGCAGCCGGAAAAAGUCUACAUGGACUUGAGUGAAACCACUAAUCCAACCCACGACCAAGGACAAGCACCAACACAGACACAGCAACAGGCACCGGAACGUAGACGCACCAAGUUGCGCAAACACGCAGCAAACGUUGACGAGGAGACUAUCAGUCCCGUAUCCGGCACCAUAAUACGCAAACUGCGUGACGAUGAGGAGCUGGUGGUGCGUAAAGGCGACAUUGAUCCCGCUUUCAAUGUGGUCGAAAUCACCGAGGAGGCCAAAGCCAUCUUGGCCAGCAUCGAGAACAAAAUUGGCGACUAUCUCUGCCAGCUCUGUCGCACCGUCUACGACGACGCCUUCAUGCUCGCCCAGCAUCGCUGUCCACGCAUCGUUCACAUCGAAUACAAGUGCUCCGAGUGCGAAAAGGUUUUCAACUGUCCGGCGAACUUGGCUUCGCAUCGCCGCUGGCACAAGCCCAAGUCGGAGAUGCAGUCCGGCAAGAAGCGUGCAGCGAUUGGUGCCAGCGACGGCACCAACAGCAGCAGCAACAGCAGCAGCAACGGCAGCGGCGCCGCAGAAGCUGGCCACAAGGCUGGAGGUGGAUGCGAUGUGGUGGAUGUCGGCGAUGGCAUUUAUCCAUGUCCACAAUGUGGCAAAACCUUUCGCCGCUAUGCCUAUCUGAAGAAGCAUCAGGCCUCGCAUCAGAUGCUGGAUAAUCUGAAGAGCAUGGAGUUCUUUCAGCAGCAGCAACACCAACAACCACGUUUCUACUCGCUGGGCGAGCUCUAUCUGAGCCAGCAGCUGGAGCGCUCCUCGGCCUUCCAGUACGUCCAUGCGAAUCACUUGCGGCAGCUGUCGAAUGUGGCACACAACAUGCUGCCGCCGCUGCCCGUCAAAUGACCCAGCUCUCACGUGCUGCGCCCGGUGCCGCGCAUUGCUGCCACAGCGACAACAACAGCGACG